AUGCGGAUGCGCACUUCCGCUUCUGGCGGAAUACGCCUGCGUAAUUCGUUCAUUUCCGUCAAAGCCUGUCAACUAACCAUGGAAAGACUAGAAAGUAUUUGCUCCGCCUUUGGAUUGAUCUGUGGUAUAAAAUGUUUCGAAAACGAACCAUCUAAAGAUGAAGGGUUUGCUUCUGCCCAGUAUGCUUUUGUUCAGUAUUAUUCCAAAGUGGCUGCCAUUCAAGCACAAAAGGAACUCAAUGGCAGAUGGUUUAUAGGUUUCCGAGCAAUGAAGGUCAACUUUGCUAAUCCGAAAAAUAAACAAGCCUUUAAAAUGAUUUUGCCUCUUUGGAAAUGUUACGAUUUAGCUAACUUUUACCUUGGUUUCAAUGGCUGGUCGGUAAAUAUAGUUUCGCUGAGAGAAGUAGAUCAAACGGAGGAUUCUUUACAAGAUCAAAAAUCUCUGCAACAGUUGAAAAUUGAUAAUCUAAAUAAGCCCGACGAAAAGCCUAGCAAACAAAUUCGCUGUAUGCAGUGUCGCAUAAGAAUGGCUUUCCCAAGGUAUUCGGAUAUUUAUGCCAUCGGUGACGGAUUAGCGGAAAUAGUUCCUAAUACCAACGAUCCAGGUAACUUGUCCAAUAUUGUCAAUAGUAGAGCGAAAUCGACCAAGCUUGCUUAUCAAAGGGCCUGUAAAGAUGCAUAUUCUCAACUGUUAUUUGUGAUACUUAAUAAUGGAAAGUUGUAUAUAGAGAUAUUCCGUCAAGAAUCACAUAAUCACUUUUGCGAAUUACCAAUCGCAGAGGAUUUAUUUGAUAAUCAAGUUCAUGUAAAUGUAUUAAAGGAAGAACUUCAGGAUGAACCUGAACCAGCGUGUGAUUGA